AUGAUUGCAGUUCUCGCCCUGGUUGCAAUUUGUCUCGUCAGCUUCACUGAAGCUCGCGAAUCCUACUGCUUGGAGGAACCCGAUGAGGGUCGAUGCCUAAUCGCGAUGGAGAGGUGGUAUUUUGAUGCUGACACAAAUAACUGCAGUACCUUCACAUACGGUGGCUGCGGAGGCAACAAGAACAACUUCAAAAGCUAUGAGGAGUGCGAAAGUAAAUGCAUGCAUUGA